AUGAAAGACGAAGUUCCACCACCAGAUCCAGCUGAAGCAAUUGCCUUCUGGAGCAACAUUUGGAGCCAACCACACAAUCACAACCACGAAGCUAUGUGGUUGAAAACAACGAAAGAGGAAUGUGCAACUAUAGUUGCACAGGAUGAUCUGACGAUCAACAAAAGCAAGCUAGAAAAGAUCAUUCGGAAAAUGGCGCCAUGGAAAGCUGCCGGUCCAGACGGUGUGCAAGCUUUCUGGGUUAAAAGGUUCACAAAUCUUCAUGAAAGGCUGAGCAUGCAAAUGAACGAGAUUGUCGUGAAUGGUAACCCCCCUGAUUGGAUGACAAAAGGAAGAACGGUUCUCAUCCCAAAGGAUCCUACCAAAGGCAACAUUCCGUCAAGCUACCGUCCAAUUACCUGCUUGCCGAUUCUCUGGAAGUUACUGACUGGCAUAAUAUCAGAAGAAAUACAUCAACACCUGGACGAUCAAGACAUACUACCAUGGGAACAGAAGGGAUGUAGAAAAGGAAGUAGAGGAACAAAAGAACAACUAUGCAUCGACAAAGGAAUUAUGAAAGACAGCAAGAAAAGAAAAACGAACCUCGCAAUGGCAUGGAUUGACUACAAGAAAGCAUACGACAUGGUUCCGCACUCUUGGAUCAUCGAGUCUAUGGAAAUGUUAGGGGUAGCAGACAAUAUCAGAAGGUUCCUCAUUACAAGUAUGACGAGAUGGAGAACUAAGUUGGAAAGUAAUGGUGAAGUGCUUGGAGAGGUUGGUAUCAAGAGUGGAAUCUUUCAUGGAGAUAGUCUAUCUCCAUUGCUGUUUGUGAUGGCAAUGACACUAUUAACUAAGGUACUCAGAAGAUCCAGGCUAGGAUAUGAGUUCAAGAGCAAGGCAAAAAUCAACCAUCUAUUAUACAUGGACGAUUUGAAGCUGUUUGGUAAGACACAAAGUGACUUGGAGUCUCUCAUCAACACUUUGCGGAUCUUCAGCGAAGACAUCGGUAUGCAGUUUGGGUUGGAUAAAUGUGCAAUGAUUACUCUCAUGAAAGGUAAGCCAGCCAAUGACAACAACUUCCAGAUGCCGAACGGAGAAGAGAUCAGAUCAAUCGAAGGCGGUGGUAGCUAUAAAUAUCUCGGAAUAUUAAAGGCAGAUCAGUUGAAACAUCAAAAAAUGAAGAAGAAGAUUGAGGCAGAGUAUAUCAGGAGAAUUCGGAAGGUGCUCAAAUCCAAACUAAAUGCUGGAAACAUGGUGAAGGCUGUUAACACUUGGGCAGUAGCCCUAGUGAGAUAUGCUGCUGGCAUAGUUGAAUGGAACAAGCUUGAACUCGAAACCCUGGACAGGAAGACAAGGAAGUUGCUAACUAUGCAUGGGAUGUUUCACCCAAAGUCUGAUGUAGAUAGACUUUAUGUGUCAAGAGAGAAGGGAGGACGUGGUCUGGCUGGAAUAGAGGAGACUGUAAGAUAUGAGGAACAAAGCCUAUACUGCUAUAUUGAAGGCCAGAUGGAUAGCAUCAUGACGGCAGUCAAAGAGUCGAUGAGGAAAGGAAAGGAUGUGACAGCGAAACAGCUGAAGGCUGAUCAAAGGAAAAUGAGACUGGAAGGAUGGAAAGAGAAGGUGAUGCACGGGCAGCAUUUAAGACAGACAGAGGAGUUUGCUGGCCCAGAGAGUUGGCAGUGGCUGAAACGAGGAAGUUUAAAUAAGGAGACGGAAAGUAUGCUAGUUGCUGCUCAGGACCAAGCAAUUAGAACAAAUUACCGAAUAGCCAAAGUUGAAAAGGAGCAUACAUCUCCCUCAUGUAGAAUGUGUCAUGACAAAGACGAAACGGUGUCUCAUCUGGUGAGUGAAUGCAGCAAAAUGACACAGACAGAGUACAAAGGAAGGCACGACAGAGUAGCAGCUGCAGUUCAUUGGGGUCUAGCCAAGAAGUACCAUUUACCCCAUGCGGAAAAAUGGUACGAACAUCGGGCAGAGCCUGUAGUAGAGAACGACGAUGUAAAACUUUUGUGGGAUUUUAAUAUCCAGACAGACAAGGUCAUUGAAGCUAGACGACCAGACAUCGUUCUCUUAAAGAAGAAGGAAAAGGAAUGUCUCAUCAUAGAUAUUGCGAUUCCGGGAGACUGCAGAGCUUGGCGUAAAGAGGAGGAAAAGAUACAGAAGUAUAACGAUCUGGCAUGGGAGCUGAGAAGGAUAUGGAAGGUGAAGACGAAGGUGGUACCAAUAGUCAUCGGAGCCUUAGGAACAGUGACAACAAGACACAGAAGCUUUCUGGCUGUUCUAGGAGUCGAGGUGUCCUUUGAAACGAUACAGAAGGCAAGCUUGCUUGGAACAGCUCAUAUCUUACGGAAGGUCUUGAAUUAG